AUGUCGCUUCGACCGUCGCCCAUCUUGCGCCAACUGGCGUCACUAUCUUCUCGCCCUCGUAUACAACCACAAACAAAGCCGUGGAUCUGUCGACAAUGCCAACAAUCCCGUCCACUUCUGCAACGAAGAUCCUAUGCCAGCCAGCCUGCUGAUGACCCGUCGUUUACUUCAAUUGUCGAUGUACAGCCUCAACUCGUUCGCGUCGGCGGUAAAAAGCAUGGCUGGGGCUUGCUAGUCUUGGCUGUUAUUCCAAUUACCGCCUUCGCCCUAGGUUCAUGGCAGGUCCAGAGACUAGGAUGGAAGACUGAACUCAUCGCCCGCUUCGAAGAUCGCCUCGUGCGUGACCCCUUACCUCUACCUCCGAGUAUCGACCCGGCUGCCAUAAAGGACUUCGAUUACAGAAGAGUCUACGCUUCUGGUAAAUUCCGCCACGAUCAGGAAAUGCUCAUCGGACCCAGACUUCUCGAUGGCAACGAUGGUUACAUGGUUGUGACUCCCCUCGAACGCGAAUUUGAAGGCUACUCUGGCAACUCAAAAAUUCUCAUCUGCCGAGGCUGGAUUCCGAAAGACAAGGCGAACCAACGUGCUAGACCCGAAGGCCUACCACAAGGCGAAGUCACCGUCCAGGGUCUGCUGAGAGAGCCAUGGAAGAAAAACAUGUUCACACCCGAGAACAAGCCCGAGCAGGGUGCUUUCUACUUCCCUGAUGUUGAACAAAUGGCCAACUUGACAGGUAGUCAGCCUGUGUGGAUCGAAGAGACUAUGAAGCCCGACCUUGUUGAGUCUUACGAUAGAGAAGCAAAGGGCAUACCUAUUGGAAGACCGGCUGAGGUAAACCUUCGAAACAAUCACACCCAAUAUAUUUUCACAUGGUAUUCUUUGGCUGCUGCUACGUCUGUCAUGCUCUGGAUGGUUAUCAAGAAGCCAUCGUCUCGUGCAGCUCGUAGAGUGCGCCAGUCUGGCCAAUGGUAA